GGCGGAUUUAGGUUGCUUCAGUAAAUGUAAACUAAAACAAGUUAAAUUGUUUAAAAACAAGAAAGAAAAUGAAAUUAGCUUCGAUUUUAAUUUUAUUUUUUGUGGUUUGCGUCGUUUCAGGCGCAUCACAUCAACACCAUAAAAAGAAGGACCAUUCUAGCAACAAAAAACAUCAUUUGAAGAGAGAUGGAGAUAACUUAUCUCAAUCAUGUACAGUUUGCGAAAAUUGCAACCCUGGGGAUACAAUAACUUACGAAAUUCCAGAAUGUAAUGACAGCGGUGAUAUUGGGACCGGCGGUGACGAUGGUGGGGAAGCUGAUGGGGAUGAUGUUGACCAAGAAGGGGAAGAAACUAGGGGCAUUAAUGAAUCUAAACGUGAUUCUCGUAAUUGUUGUCAAUGCGAGCGUAAGGACGAAUCGACUCCGGUCUCCAAUCAAAUACCAGAAUCAGACCCAACACCAUCAAAUGAAUCGAAACGCCAUUCCUUGAAAAAACACCAUUACACCAAAAAGCACCAAACCAAAAAUCAUCAUUAAAACUUAUUAAUCGAAUCUUUUACCUUGUUAACGAUUGGUUAAUUGAUAAAUAAAUGAUUUUCAAAGAAU